AUGGCGGCGUUUGGUUUAAUUGGAAAGAUUGACCCAUUUGACGAGACUAUCGAACCGUGGGAAUCUUACGUCGAACGAUUUGAGCAGUACUUCACGGUGAAUGAGAUAGAUCCUGGAAAAAAGGUACCGUCUUUAUUAUGUCUCAUCGGUGGACGAUUAUAUUCUCUCCUGCGGGACUUGACUUUUCCUGAUAAAGCAGCUGAGAAGACUUAUCAGGACUUGGUGACAUUACUCAACAGCCAUUUGUCCCCUAAGCCCAUCAAAACAGCAGAACGCUUCCGUUUCGAUAAAAGGGACCAGAAGGAAGGAGAAACAAUAACGGAGUAUGUAGCUCAGUUAAAGAAACUCUCUAUUUAUUGUGAUUUUAAUGCUUCGCUAAAUGAAAAGUUGAGGGAUAGAGUGGUAUGUGGUAUAAGACACCCUCACAUUCAAAAGCGCUUGCUGUCAGAGAAAGACUUGACAUUUGAAAAAGCUAUGGAGAUCAGUGUGGCAAUGGAGGCGGCAGCUAAGGAUGCAACAGAAUUAGUACAGGCUAGGAAUCGGACAGAUACAGGAGCCGUGAACAGACUGCAUGUGAAGAAUAGACGUUCCAGAGGAAACGACAGGAAAAAUGAAGUACAGUGUUAUCGGUGUGGUGAGAAAGGACAUAUAGCGAAAGACUGUCGAUCAGGAGGAGCACUGUGUUAUCGUUGUAAUGGAAGUGGCCACGUAGCAAAGGACUGUAAAUUCAGGAAUGCAGAGUGCCACAACUGUCAUAAUACGGGACACGUAAAGAAAGCGUGUAAAACUUCAAAACCUCAAAUGCCUACUUCUGGAAAACAUCAAAGAAGAAAACCUGUUCAUUAUGUUGAAAAUGACCCUCAGGAUGUGAGUGAUGACAACUAUAUAGCUAGUUUAGAACUAAACAAUUUAACAAGUGUGGACAUCAUAUGGAUCCAUCUGAAAAUAAAUGGAAUGAGGAUGAAAAUGGAAUUGGACACUGGUUCAGCUAUUUCGGUCAUGGCGGAGGAAGAAUUCAGGAGGAAGUUCAGAGAUCUGAAGUUAAAAACUGCAGACAUCACUCUACACACGUACUCGGGAGAACACAUCAAGCCAGUGGGUUAUAUGGACGUGGAAGUGGAAUACGGUGGCACUAAACAGACAUUGCCAUUAUACAUAGUUGAAAAGGGAGGACCAGCUCUUCUUGGCAGGGAUUGGCUGAGAAAAAUUCAACUUGACUGGAAAUUGAUUAAGGACAUGCAUGCCAUUAGCACUGUGAAGCCUACCAGCGUAAGUGAAAUUAUAGACAAAUAUAAAGAUGUCUUCGUUGAUGAAGUUGGAACUGUGAAGGGCAUUACAGCAAAACUGACACUCAGAGAAAACAAACCAAAAUAUGUCAAGGCCAGGACUGUUCCUUUUUCCUUACGAACAAAGGUGGAAGAAGAACUCCAGAGAUUAGAAGCGGAAGGGACUCUGACCAAAGUACAGCAUAGUGAUUGGGCAACUCCAAUUGUGCCUGUUCUAAAGAAGAAUGGAAGCAUCAGAAUAUGUGGCGAUUUCAAGGUUACGCUUAACCCACUACUCAAUGUUGAUCAGUGUCCAUUACCUAAAAUUGAUGACAUCUUCGCCAACCUAAAUGGUGGAACGCAUUUCUCCAAGAUUGAUUUGAAGCAAGCAUACUUGCAACUUCCAGUGGAUGAAUCGUGCAAGGAGCUACAUACCAUUAGCACACAUAAGGGAUUAUAUCGUUAUAAUCGCAUGGCCUUUGGAAUAGCGUCAGCACCUGCUAUUUGGCAGAGGACCAUUGAGCAAGUAUUACAAGGAGUCCCUGGAACUGUUAGACGACAUGGUUAUAACCGGCAAGAAUAA